AUGAUUGACAGCGAGCAGCUGUUGUCAAUGUAAUGGCGAACUUGGUCAACUGUGACUGGGCCGUGUUUGGGAGUUUGGAGUUCAGUUGAUAUUCUCACAACAUAACAAGAUCGCCGUCCUCCAGGCCGUCCAAUCAACAGCUGAAGAUGUAAGAUUCUCGAAGAAGUUUGUAAAGGCUUCCCACGCCAUUCUGAUUGUCGCAAAAAUCACUAACAAUCGAAAUGCGAGCGUUUGCAACUUGAGCCUGUUGCGACAUUUGUUGCAAAAUGGCCGCCACUUUAGUAUCGACCGACCGGCAACACAGCGACUUUGCCUGGCGUCUUCCCGGCUGAGUGGACCAAGAUUGGAAGCGAAUCAUGGAGGACAAGCACAAGGAACUACUGCAGCUCCACCGUGCCAAGUUUGUAGAAUGUGUGAAGGUGGAGAGACUGUGGGAGACUCUCCAAGGGGCGGGGGUUCUGACACCCACAGACAUAUCCGACAUUCAGAGUUCGGCUCAAGAUGAUGGGGGAAAAGUGGACAAACUUUUGGACCUCUUGCUUGAGAAGGGCUCCAGUGCCUUCCAGAAUCUGUGUGUGGCCCUAGAGAAGACGUACCCACAUCUGCUGACGGUCAUGUUCCUCGGGAGCAACCAGGGGACUCCUACCGCAGGUUCCUCUCAGUCAAAUGUGUCCACCUGCACGGAGACAGAUUCUGAGGCAGAGGAUUCGUCAAAACAACUGGGUCGUGGCGGAAGAUACCAACCUGUGAUGUCGGGGGGGUCCAAGGGGCCCAAGCACACCGCCAUGGGGAGCCACCCCUCCCAGAGCGAUGAGCUGACCCUGCUCAGCCUGCAGCUUCAGAAGAUGCAGAGUGAGCGGGACAACCUCCGCAGGAAGAUCAAAGUCUACGAGAGCGGCUCCAAACCGCUGAGCAGUCAUGACUACGAGCGGAUCAAUGCGCAGUGCUCUGAGGCCAUGGCCGAGCUGGAUUCCCUGAAACGACAGCAUGUGAACACGGUGGAGAGGUGUGACCAGGCCAUCAAGGAGGCAGACUAUCACAGGAACCUGGAGAACAAGCUCAUGCACGAACAGACCGAGCUAAGACACGAGAUGGAGGUUCUCAAACAGCACGAGAUGGAAGCCGUCUCUGACAGGAACCGCUACCUUCAGGAACUGAACGAGCUGAAGCGAAUCCGAGAGGAAGAACAACAGGAGAUGGAGGACUUGCGCAAUCAGCAGAGGCAGGUCAUACGGGAAAGUGGGUCAUCAGAAAUCCUGAACCAAAUGUACGACACCGCCGUGAACAAACUGGACGAUUUAAGGAAGGACUACGACACAUUGAGGAGACGCUAUGCAGACCUGAUGGCUAAGUACAGCACCUCCAUCAGUCGUCUUGAAAAGGCCGAGGAGGACAAUCGCAGGCUAAAGGCAGAGAAAGAAGCAUUCCAGGACGAGAGGAACGCGGCCAUUAACGAGAGAAACUGCCUCAAACAGCAAUGUACGGCGGCCAUCCGCGGCUACGACAAGGCUCUACGGGAACGAGACCAGGCUCUGGAGGCAAACAAGCAGCUUCAGCAGCAGCUGGACGAGGCUAAGAACGAGGUGAGUCAGGCCAUGACCAUGAGGCUGAACGUGACGAAAGACCUGGCCAGGGUGACCGAGGAGCGAAACGCAGCCGUGCAGGAAUACCAGCUGGUGAUGAGUGAGAGAGACACGGUGCACAGGGAGAUAGAGCAGCUCCAGGAGAAGCUGAACCACAAAGACAAGAUGUUGAAGGAAACAAGCCAGAACAAGAGAGCCACCCUUGACGAGAUCGAGAGCUUGAGACGGGAUGUGGAUAACGCACAUCACGAGCGAGACCAAGCGGUGAGGGAGAGAAGCGAUCUACUCGAUCGCUGUUACAGCGAAGCCUUCAACAAAGAGAAAACCCAGAAGGAGCUAGACGAGGCCAGGAACCGUUUUGAGAUGAUGAAACAGGAGAGGGACAUCGCCCGCCAGGAGCGAUCAGAAGCCCUCGACCACAGGGACCAGAUUCUGUUGGAGUUCCACGAGGCUCAGCAGAAAAAGGAAGCCGUCUCCACCGAGUGUGAUCAAGUCAGCAAGGAGUUAGAACUGAUGAAGAAGAGGGUCGAAGCACUCGAAAGCGACCUUCGAGAAUCUCUAAGUGAGGCCGAAAUCGCCAAGCGGAGAAGAGACUGGGCCUUCCAGGAAAGAGACAAGAUUGUUUCGGAGAGGGAGAGCAUUCGGACUCUGUGUGACAAACUAAGACGGGAGAGAGACCGGGCUGUCAGUGACCUUGCAGAGGCCAUGAGGGACUCGGACGAAUACAAAAAACAACGCAAUGAUACCGUUCGAGAGGUCAAGGAACUGAGGGAGCGGCUGGAGAGUAUGCUGGAGAAGGAGGCUCGCAUGAAGCAGCUGAUGGCUCAUCACAGCAGGGACUCCGCUAUCGACGCAGACAGCCAGGAGUGGGAGAUGGAGACUGUGGAGUUCAAGAGAGACAGGAGUGACAUGGACAUGUCGGAGCUGGGGUUUGACAUUGGAGUUGGCAGUGAAGACGUCCACAGUCCCAACGACUCUCCCAUCAUCGUCACCAAGGUCAACAAGGGCAGCGUGGUGGACGGUAGACUCAGAGAAAAUGACCGCUUGUUGCAAGUAAACGACGUGCCACUGACCAAUGCAGACCGCAGUACGGCCCUGCAGGCUGUCCGCAACUGUGGCAGGGUCAUCAAUAUGGUUGUUAAGAGAAGACGUCUGUCCAGUGGAAAAUUGUUGCAGCCAGUUCACCUCAACCUCACAGGUGGAAAAGACAUUGGCAUGAGUUUUGAUUCAGGGAUCUUCAUCAGUAACAUUGUUCCUGGUGGAGUGGCGGCGAAGGAGGGCCUGUCUGUGGGAGACAGGAUCAUCAAUAUCAAUGGUGCUUCAGUGGAGAACAAGUCUGUUACGGAGGUGAGUCGUCUGAUCCAGGACAGCGGGGACAACAUUGUUCUACAUGUCAUGAAGAGCAGCAUCUCCCAGGCCCCGUCCUUACUCAACAGCAGCUGCACCUCCAGCGGCCACACCAUCUCCGACAGCGAGAGGCGGGAAUCCCCGCGGCCCGCCUUUGAGGCCAUACCCUCUGCCGAGGAGCUCAGCCCCGUGAAGAGUUCGGAGGCCAGCCCGCGACCUUCCCUUGUGGCGGGCGUGAAUGAGAUCGACCGUAAUUCGGACGUUGUGCGGGAGAGGGACGUGGUGAAGCAGGAGGUGUAUCACUCCAGACAGGACUCAUUCCGAGGACAAACCGACCAAUACCGUCACGCCAAACAGGACUCGUUCCACUCUCUACACGAAAAACAGGAGUCGUACCACUCCAUGCACGAGAAACAGGAUUCCUACCACUCCAUGCACGACCUUUACCCGCCCCCGCCCAUGGUGCACGACACGUCCCCAGACCCUCAUCACCUCCCCCCACCCGACAACCACCACCCUGCCUCCCUUGACUCCCAGCAUGCUCUGCACGAGCAGCCUCCGCCCCGACCGGAACCACCCCGUGUUUCUCAUCCCGACCCCCUCCACCCCAGCCUCCUGGACUGCCAUCAUGCUUCUAUCCAGGAGCCACAGUGUGCGGAUUAUGACACUCCACCACCAUGCCCCCCUCCCCCUCCCGAGUCUGCAUUCGAAAAACCAUUCCAGCCUACUCACGCACAUGCUGCCACCACCAACAUUCUUCCAAGUAAUGUCCCAAGGGAAAAGGUCUCCAAAGUUAGCAGUGGCACCUGGCCCAAGAUCCGGGAGGCCACAGACUUUGCUGAGAAACAAUACGUCAACAUUUACAUGAGUGAUAGAAGGAAACAGCCUCCCAAAAGGCCAGGUAUUAUUGGUCACUUUUCUCCGCAGGAGUAUAAGCGUGGUGGUCCGCCUACGCCGCCAUCAAGAAACUCUUCCGGUUCCUUUAUGGCGAAAUAUAUGCACGCUCACCAGUCGUCUGACUCCUCAAACGCAACGUUGACACCUCCCACCAGCCCAAACACGUCUUCAGCCACCAUCUCUCCCCGUCAGACUCCUCCCCAGUCUACGGUGAAGAAAGUGCUUCCGGAAGCGGUCCCCUCAGUACCAAGUAGAGACCACGUGCCAACCAGCCACUAUGCCACCGCAUCCUUCGAUGGAAGUGUGGAUUAUUCAAUUGUUUCUGUAAGAGAUGAUUCUGUAGAGUCAUUGUCGUCGAGACAACGUCAGAGGCCAAAGUCUGCUCCCUCUCAGCGACAAGAGCUGACAUACUAUGUUGAUCCUGCUGGACAGACCUUCAAAAGGACUGUCGACGUGUCCCCUCAGGGGCAUCCUCGUAACCUGGACGCAAUGCUCUCUCCACGAGUUUCCCCGUCAACAAAGACAAUCAACCCCAGGGUGCCAACGGACAUCACCAGAUACUUGAACCCAGGCUCACAACAGAUGCCUGCUUCUGCUGCCUCCACGGCUGUGGUACGGAUCAGACCGACUGUUCCCGUGUACAUCGCCAGCAGUCGCCCGUCCACGGCCAGUCAGCCGAGGCACCCUCCCCCUGAGUACCAGAAACAGUACAGUUAUCCCAUGGACGAGCGGCGCUCCUCCCACAGUCCUGUCUCACGCAGGGACUUCCACCCGACCCACGAGCCUUCUCCCAGCUACGACGUCGCCAUCACUCACAGCAGAAUCCACGGCAGACUUCCCCCGGAGAGGCACAGCUUCGAAUCCUUCCACGACCCCUCGGCCGGCAUCUACACAUCUCCACCCGAUCACCAUUCUAUGGGAAGCCGGGAAUUUGCAGGCAGUAACUCCAGUACCAACACCUUUCCUGCCACCAAGCCCAGUAGGAUCAGCUUCCCCUCCAACUCCAGAACCAUCAGUAACACGAGAUACAGGGUGUCCAAGACUUCCUUAGAAACUGGCACGUCGUCUGGCCGGAGCAGUCCCAUCAUGACCCCUCCAGCCACUCCCACAAUUCCCGGGGAGCCCACCCGCGGUUCCCUCAGCUCUAUCAAGGGUUCCAGCCAGAGUAUCACACAGACACGCAGGAACAGGUCGGAGGAGCCGAGGUAUGUCACCAUCGAGAAGGGGUCCGAGCAGCUCGGAAUCUCCAUCAAGAGUGGGCCGUACGGAGGCAUCUUUGUGUCAAAGGUCAUGGAGGGGAGCAUCGCCCAGCAGGCUGGGCUAGAGUAUGGAGACAGGAUGCUGGAGUACAAUGGAAUCAACUUACGUAAUGCUACUGAGGAGCAGGCUGCCCUGGUCCUGAGUCAGUCAGAGCCUGGGGACAAGAUCACCAUGCUGGUGCAGUAUGAUCCUAAAAAAUAUGAAGGAAAAGUUUCAUCCAGCACAACCAGCCUCCCCUCAGCCAGUGGGCGGUCCACUCCUAUCGGCACUCCUGCCAGCACCCGCACCAACUCCCCCAUCCCCAGCCGGUCACUACAGGAGUUCCCACAGGUGGACAUGCCUGGUAGGAUGACCACCCCCAGGGCCAGGAGUCUCAGCCCUCCUUCCUACAGUGUUGCGCUAGAAAGGCCAUACAGCUAUCCCAUCAAGGAAAGGGCCUUCGCUUUCCUCAAACGAACAUCGCCUGUUCAAGGAACUGGCCUCUACAUCAGGCAGUUCCCUGUCAUCCCAGAAGAGACAAUCACAACCCCGCCCAGCGAGCCCAGGUUCGUCUUCCUCAAGAAAACUUCCCCUGACCUCGGCAUCAGUCUGGUGGGUGGAAACGCGGUGGGGAUCUUUGUGUCAGAGGUCAAGCCCAACAGCCCUGCCAGUGGGCCGUCUGGGCUCUUCCCAGCUGACCAAGUCCUCGAGUUUAAUGGCGUCAACUUGCGCCAGGCGACUGCUGAGCAGGCCACCAUGGAACUGAUGAAGCCUGCAGAAAAGGUGACCAUCCUGGCACAGUACAACCUUGCAAAAUUCAAGAAGAUAAAGGACUUGCCAGGAGACGCAUUCUAUAUCAGAGUCUUGUUUGACCGUCUAGCUGAGAACGAUGGAGAGCUCACCAUGCGCAAGGAUGACAUUCUGUUUGUCGAGAACACCAUGCCCCAGGGCAUGAUGGGACUAUGGAAAGCAUGGGCCAUCGAUGAAGAGGGUAACAAGAUAGAAUGUGGGCUGAUCCCCAGCAAGAAUGCCCUGGAGCAGGAGCUUGCUCGCAAGAAGAGCAUGUCAGAGAUCGCUGGAGAAGAGGAACUGAAGAGUGCGUCUGCACGCCGCAACUCCGCCACGGCUCGCCGCAGUUUCUUCCGCCGGAAGAAGCACCAGAGGAACAACUCGAAGGAUAGCAGGGAGCUGGGGUCGCUGUCGGACUCCGUCAGCAGCGAAUCCAUCCCAAUCCAAGAAGAUGGAAGCCUUGCAUCAUACCAGAGAGUAGAGAGGCUUGACUACCAUGUGCCGCGGCCCCUGGUCCUGCUGGGUCCUGUGUGGGAGGCCGUGGCAGACAAGCUGGUACUGGACAACACGGACAGGUUCACCAAAUGUGUGCCAGAGGUGAUGAAAGUAUCUCCCCAGUCCAUGGAGAAGGGUCUCACCGACAACAUCUUUGUGGACUUCCGGCGCCGCGGCAGCUCCUUUGAAUGUACCACAGCUGCUGCAGUCAAGGAGAUCUGUGAAAGGAGUCGUCACUCUAUCCUAGACAUAGACAUACUGGCCAUUGAGCGGCUGCACCGCCUGCAGCUAUAUCCCAUAGUACUCUUCAUGAAGUGGAAGGGAGCCAAGCAGAUCAGGGAGACAAAGGACCCCAGAUUCCUGCGGGAGAAGUUGACUAAUAAGCAGGCUCGGGAGAUGUUUGAGGAAGGGCAGAGGCUGGAGCAGGACUUCAGCAGAUAUUUCACUGCCAACAUUGCCGGGGGCUCCCUGACGUCCAUGUGUGAACAGAUCAGGAUCAUCGUCGAUCAAGAGCAGAACAAGACUCUGUGGAUCCCAUCAGGCUCUCUCUGAACAAGGCUAGAGCAUGCUGGGUAACUGCCAUAUCAGCAAAGCAUUCUGGGAAAGGUAUCAAGUUGAGACUAGGGCAACACUUGACAGUGUCUUAGUAGGCAUGCUGAAACUUUUAUGAUGUUGAAAGAGUUGCACAUCAAAAGCUAUUGGAAGUUUUUGAACUAACAAUAAAAAAGUAGUAUGACUGCAUGCCCAAGGAGAGGUUCAGAUAAGUAUUUUGAAAAAUGGGUCCUCUUGUUUGAGAUACUAAGAAUGAUAUGGUUUGUCUCUGCUCCUUAGAAUCAGCCAUUAUGUAUGUAUAUUUUAUGGCCAUAACUGACACUCUAGGGCUAGAUUCUUUGUGUAAAAAGAUAUAAAAUUGUAAGGACUACAACUUUGUUAAGAAAUAUUGUUGCUGGCACUGGCUGCUUUGAAAGGAGCAAUACAGAAAUUUAUGUGAUAUUUUUAUUCUAAUAUGAAGUAGUUUUAAUUGAUGGACAGUACAGAUUGUUGUUCAUGUCACAUCGUGAGACAGCAGCUUGCGAAAAUGCGAGUCUGACUGUCAGACAUAAAGGGCCUUGAUUGCCUGGGCACUAGAAGCAAUUAUAGGCUGGGUUUGAUGACAGAAAAUUAUGGGAUAUGUGUUGGCCAGAUGACCCUUGGCAACAGUCACCAUGGUUACAGAUAUUUUAAGAAUAGAGGCUCCUGUAUGGUAAGCGCUCAUAGGCAGACUGUUACUCUAAGCCACUGUUACUUUGAGUCUGUUUGAGAGUGUGCUUCAAACAGAUUUUUCUAUCAAGUUUGCAAGUCUUUAAAUCAUCCAAAAGUAACAAAAACUGA